AUGGCGCUCCAUCCGGCAAAAAACCAGGAUUGGAAAGAUUUUUGUGGAAACGUGGAGGAUUGGUGGCCAAACGGUGGUGAAUGUUCGGCACAGGGCGUAAAAUUUUACUACUCUGACAAUAAUUCUCCUAGUCAUCGGGAUGGUGUCAGUAUAAUAGUCACAGAACCUCUGGGCAAAUGUGUAACAAACUUUAUACCACUCUCAGACAGAGCAAUGAUAUUAAAAAUUAACACCAAACCUGUAGAACUAAAUGUAAUUCAAAUAUACGCACCAACGACAGAAAAAGAUGAUGACGAGAUUGAAGGGUUUUACUGUGAAAUAGAAAGUUUACUAAAAUUAAAGAAACCACAUGAAAUGACUAUUAUAAUGGGGGACUUCAACGCAAAAAUUGGUACCGGAAGAGUCAAUGAUAUAGUAUGUUCAUUUGGCUUAGGAACAAGAAAUGAAAGAGAUAACCGUCUAAUAGAGUUCUGUGAAGAAUUUAAAUUCAAAGUUACAAAUACGUGGUUUCGUUUACCACCUAGAAGACUUUACACCUGGAAAUCGCCGCAAGAUAAUGCUGGAAAUAUCGUGCGAAAUCAAAUUGACUUUAUCUUUGUAAACAAAAGAUUUGCUACUUCUAUAAUGAAGGUUUCUACUUACCCGGGGGCUGACGUUCCAUCAGACCACAACUUAUUGCAGGCUAAUGUUAAAUCAAAUUAG